AUGGCAAGCAACGAAGAGUCAGAAACCAAGACAGACGCCUCUUGUACGGUCGAGGCUGUCCGCAGUCCACAGGAUCUCGAAGGAGCGGUUGCUCUCUUCACCGCGUAUACUACAGCAUUGGGCAUCGAUCUUGCCUUCCAGGACUUCGCAUCGGAAAUGGCGUCUAUGCCGGGCAAGUACGUUCCACCAAAGGGAGAGCUGCUGCUCGCCAAAGAUGCUACCGGCCAAGCCAUUGGCUGCGUCGCUCUUCGACCUUUGCCGGUGCAUGGUGAACACGUCUGCGAGAUGAAGCGUCUCUACGUCUCUCCAGACGGCAGAGGGACAGGCGUGGGCCGAAAGCUCGCAGAGACGAUCAUUGAGGUCGCACAAAAUGUUGGCUAUCGGGAGAUGAGGCUCGACACUUUGCCCAGCAUGUCUGCCGCUCUGAAGUUGUAUGCAGGCCUUGGCUUCGUCGAUAUUCCUCCAUACUACGAUACACCAUUGGAAGGGACGCGCUUUCUCAGCCUGAAGCUCCCCCGUACCUCGAUCCGAACAUGA